UUUGGCAAACAUUAACUGUCCGAUUCACUCUUUCUCCUUGCGCUGCACACACCGGGCCGCCAGCAGCCACUCGGACCGGGUCCACGAGUCACACCGGAACGGCCGGCGCACGCCUCCCUUUAAGGCCAGUUUCAGUGAAGAACCGGUAGACCGAAGUUCCGCUUUUAGCUAACGUCACCUCUCGUAAUGUAUUUGGCUAGCACUGACAGCUUCUGUGAAGUAUCUAGCCAUUUUAGCUAACUGUUAGCUGUCAGGCAAGUGUGUCGGCACUUUAAGCGCCGCAAACCACAAAAACAUACUUAACUAGCAGCUCAUGAGAGUUUGAUAAGGCAGCAUGUCUCCUCCUGAACAGUUUGCUUCACUUGAAGAACAUGCCAACUAGCUAUAACAACACGACUCGUGGACCCACCGGAACAACUGGGGGUGGUGACAACGGACGGACCAAUGGGAAGGAUGUUUACAGUGCGUCUCGAAAAUGUUCCGAUUCACAUUUUGGCGUUGAUGAGCAUCUGAUUUAUUCUCUACGAUUGAUAGGGAGGAAGCUGAGCUCUGUUCUGGUUGCCUGAGGACACACCCGCUGUAGCACUUACCUGUGCUGUGUGAACCUUUGCGUGAACUAAGGGAGUGUGUCACCAGAGGCAGGACAGCGGGAUUCUUCUCAACCUUCAUUCAUCGAUCUACAACACUCACUUCCUGAAGUCCAAGCUAGCCUGACUGCUCUCUCCCUCUCUCUGUAUCUAUUCAUCCAUCCAUCCCUCUUUCACACUUCUCCAUGCCUUUGCCCAAUUAUGUCCCUCUGUAAGACUUCUGUCUCUCCAUCCCUCCGUGAUCUAUCUCUCUGUCCAUCUGCGUGUGCGUCCCUCCUGACCGCCAGGCUGGAUUUCCUGCAGAUGAAACACUUGAAGAGGAAGAGGAAGAGUAACUACAGCGUUCGUGAGACACAGACACUGAUCCGGGAGAUCCACAAGCGACGAGACGUGCUGUUCUCCCGCCAGCAGAACACCGCCAUCAACGAGCUGAAGAGACGAGCCUGGGAGGAGGUAGCAGGAGGAGUCAACUCACUGGGAGAGGGCGAGCUACGCACAUCUUCAGAGGUGAAGCGGCGUUACCUGGACUGGCGGUCGCUAAUGAAGAGGAAGCAGCUCCGUGCUGAGCUGUCUCUCUCCACAGGGCUGAAGGCAGAGUAUGAUCCGUCCUCCCCUGAACACAACGCCUCACUGGGCUCAAGGGACCAGUCGCUCGACCUCUCUAGCUUUCCCAAGGAGUCCCAGUGCGACUGGCAGGACCUGGCGGAUCUUGGAGAGCCCAGCGGACACGCAAUGUCUACAGGGGUUAAGAUGGAGGAGGAGGCCAAUGGAUACAGGGUGAUGAUCUCUCUGGAGGGUGAUAGCGGAGAUGGUGAGGUAGAGGAGGAGGAUGAUGAUGGUGAUGAAGAAGAAGAUUGUUUCCCCUCCCUCCUACCCGACAUGGGAGAGCGCGAUGUACGCAUCCCGGAAGUCUUCUCACACAUUGAUGAGUUUGGAAUGCUCAGCGCCUCAAAGGGGACAGCGACCUCGAUAAAUCGGGACCCCUCAUUGGGCGGAAUGGGCUUUGCUGGGUUGGGACUGGCCAAUCACGAGAGUACGGGACUUGUGGUUGGUUUGGAGAAGCAGCGUGUGGAACUGGAGAAGCAGCGUCUGGCUGUGGAAACGGAGCGGCUAGCGGUGGAGAGAGAGAGACUCCUACUGGAUAAGGAGAGACUGAGUCAGUCGAAGGUGGAGAGGGAGAGACUGCAGCUGGAGAAAGAGAGACUGCAGCUGGAGAAAGAGAGACUGCAGCUGGAGAAAGAGAGACUUAGGCUGUUGCUCAUGAACCAAUCAGAACGGGCUGCUGCUCCCCCCCAGCAAGGCCCUCCCUCCUCCUCCACCCCUACCACCUCCUCUUCCUCUACUGUGGAUGGACCAAAUGAGAGAAAGGAGAAUAAACCCUUGCUUUCUAUGAUAGAUAUGGAGGGUGAGAGACUGAGCCUGGAGAAGGACAGAUUGCAGUUAGAGAAAGAGAGGCUACAGUUCUUUAAAUUUGAGUCUGGACGACUGCAGAUAGAGAGGGAGAGACUAGAGGUGGAGAGAAUGCAGCUUCACAAGGACCAGGGUCACUGAGAGAGGGAGAGACUAGAGAUGGAGAGAGAAUACAGCUUCACAAGGACCAGGGUCACUGAGAGAGGGAGAGACUAGAGAUGGAGAGAGAAUACAGCUUCACAAGGACCAGGGUCACUGAGAGAGGGAGAGACUAGAGAUGGAGAGAGAAGAGAGAAUACAGCUUCACAAGGACCAGGGUCACUGAGAGAGGGAGAGACUAGAGGUGGAGAGAGAAUAUAGCUUCACAAGGACCAGGGUCACUGAGAGAGGGAGAGACUAGAGAUGGAGAGAGAAGAGAGAAUACAGCUUCACAAGGACCAGGGUCACUGAGAGAGGGAGAGACUAGAGGUGGAGAGAGAAUAUAGCUUCACAAGGACCAGGGUCACUGAGAGAGGGAGAGACUAGAGGUGGAGAGAGAAUACAGCUUCACAAGGACCAGGGUCACUGAGAGAGGGAGAGACUAGAGGUGGAGAGAGAAUACAGCUUCACAAGGACCAGGGUCACUGAGAGAGGGAGAGACUAGAGGUGGAGAGAGAAUAUAGCUUCACAAGGACCAGGGUCACUGAGAGAGGGAGAGACUAGAGGUGGAGAGAGAAUACAGCUUCACAAGGACCAGGGUCACUGAGAGAGGGAGAGACUAGAGGUGGAGAGAGAAUACAGCUUCACAAGGACCAGGGUCACUGAGAGAGGGAGAGACUAGAGGUGGAGAGAGAAUACAGCUUCACAAGGACCAGGGUCACUGAGAGAGGGAGAGACUAGAGGUGGAGAGAGAAUACAGCUUCACAAGGACCAGGGUCACUGAGAGAGGGAGAGACUAGAGGUGGAGAGAGAAUAUAGCUUCACAAGGACCAGGGUCACUGAGAGAGGGAGAGACUAGAGGUGGAGAGAGAAUACAGCUUCACAAGGACCAGGGUCACUGAGAGAGGGAGAGACUAGAGGUGGAGAGAGAAUACAGCUUCACAAGGACCAGGGUCACUGAGAGACGGAGAGACUAGAGGUGGAGAGAGAAUACAGCUUCACAAGGACCAGGGUCACUGAGAGGGAGAGACUAGAGGUGGAGAGAGAAUACAGCUUCACAAGGACCAGGGUCACUGAGAGAGGGAGAGACUAGAGGUGGAGAGAGAAUACAGCUUCACAAGGACCAGGGUCACUGAGAGAGGGAGAGACUAGAGGUGGAGAGAGAAUACAGCUUCACAAGGACCAGGGUCACUGAGAGAGGGAGAGACUAGAGGUGGAGAGAGAAUACAGCUUCACAAGGACCAGGGUCACUGAGAGAGGGAGAGACUAGAGGUGGAGAGAGAAUACAGCUUCACAAGGACCAGGGUCACUGAGAGAGGGAGAGACUAGAGGUGGAGAGAGAAUACAGCUUCACAAGGACCAGGGUCACUGAGAGAGGGAGAGACUAGAGGUAGAGAGAGAAUAUAGCUUCACAAGGACCAGGGUCACUGAGAGAGGGAGAGACUAGAGGUGGAGAGAGAAUACAGCUUCACAAGCACCAGGGUCACUGAGAGAGGGAGAGACUAGAGGUGGAGAGAGAAUAUAGCUUCACAAGGACCAGGGUCACUGAGAGACGGAGGAUAGGAUCGCAUCAAAUAAACUUUUGUCACAUGCUUCGUAAACAACAGGUGUGGACUAACAGUGAAAUGCUUACGGGCUGUUCCCAAUAAUGUAGAGAGAAAUAAUAGAAAAAUGAUGAUGAUAAUAAUAGAUACAUAAUUAGAAAUGUUUACUUUGUUAUAUACACAGGGUACCAGUACCAAUUCGAUGUGCAGGGGUACAAGGUAAUUGAGGUACAUACAGUGGCAAUAAAAAGUAUGUGAACCCUUUGGAAUUACCUGGAUUUCUGCAUAUAUUAGACAUAAAAUUUGAUCUGAUCUUCAUCUACAGUAAAUCACAACAAUAGACAUACAAAUGAUUGUAUUUUUCUUGUCUUUAUUGAAUACAUAAUUGAAACAUUCAGUGUAGGUUGGAAAAAGUAUGCCAACCUCUAGACUAAUGACUUCUUCAAAGCUAAUUGGAGUCAGGAGUUAACUAACCUGGAGCUGGAGCUGCCCUGCCCCAUAAACACUCACAACAUUAGUUUGCUAUUCACAAGAAGCAUUGCCUGAUGUGAACCAUGCCUCGAACAAAAGAGAUCUCAGAAUACCUAAGAUUAAGAAUUGUUGCCUUGCAUGAAGCUGGGAAGGGUUACAAAAGUAUCUCUAAAAGUCAGUCCACGGUAAGACAAAUUGUCUAUAAAUUGAGAAAUUUCAGCACUGUUACUACUCUCCCUAGGAGUGUCCGUCCUGCAAAGAUGACUGCAAGAGUACAGCGCAGAAUGCUCAAUGAGGUUAAGGAGAAUCCUAGACUGUUAGCUAAGACUUACAGAAAUCUCUGGAAGAUGCUAACAUCUCUGACGAGUCUACAAUACGUAAAACACUAAACAAGAAUGGUGUUCAUGGGAGGACACCAUGGAAGAUGUCACUGCUGUCCAAAAAAAACAUUGCUGUACAUCUGAAGUUCGCAAAAGAGCACCUGGGUGUUCCACAGCGCUACUGGCAAAAUAUUCUGUGGACAGAGGAAACUACAGUUGAGUUGUUUGGAAGGAACACACAACACUGGAGGAAAAAAGGCACAGCACACCAACAUCAAAACCUCAUCCCAUCUGUAAAGUAUGGUGGAGGGAGCAUUUGGGGCUGCCUCAGGGCCUGGACAGCUUGCUAUCAUCGCCGGAAAAAUUAAUUCCCAAGUUUAUCAAGACAUUUUGUAGGAGAAUGUAAGGCGAAUCUGUCCACCAAUUGCUGCUCAAUAGAAGUAGGUGAUGCAACAGGACAACAACCCAAAAGACAGAAGUAAAUCAACAACAGAAUGGCUUCAACAGAAGAAAAUAGGCCUUCUGGGGUGGCCCAGUCAGCCCUGACCUCAACCCGAUUUGAGAUGCUGUGGCAUGACCUCAAGAGAGCGGUUCACACCAGACAUCCCAAGAAUAUUGUGGAACUGAAACAGUUUUGCAAAGAGGAAUGGUCCAAAAUUCCUCCUGACCGUUGUGCAGGUCUGAUCCGUAACAACAGAAAACGUUUGGUUGAGGUUAUUGCUGCCAAAGGAGAGUCAGCCAGUUAUUAAAUCCAUGGGUUCACAUGCUUUUCCCAACCUGCACUGUGAAUGUUUACACGGUGUGUUCGAUAAAGACAUGAACAAUUAUACUUGUUUGUGUUAUUAGUUUAAGCAGACUGUGUUUGUCUAUUGUUGUGACUUAGAUGAAGAUCAGAUCAAGUUUUAUGACCAAUUUAUGCAGAAAUCCAGGUAAUUCUAAAGGGUUCACUUUUUCUUCCCACCGUAUGUACAUAUAAGUAUAAAGUGACAGAUAAUGAACAGUAGCAGCAGCGUAUGUGAUGAGCAUUAAGGGAUAUCUACGAGAGAAGUGCCUGGAAGAAAAGCAAAAGAAGCGGGGACAGUGUGGUCUUUAUCUCAGUGCAGACAGGCCAGGUAUGAGCCUCUAUGAGCAGUCACCUCUGUGGUCCACCUCUCCUGUCUGUCUCAGACAGCUCCAAUAGCUUGUUACUGUUCAGCGUGAUCCACAAUGGGUUGAAACGAGGUGAACAGCUCAACCAAUCAGACAGUAAAACCAUCAAACUGACCUUAGAUCAACAGGGCGUCUUCAUCCUACUCCAGGUUGUUGACAAAAGGACGUUAUCCAGUUUUAUUUCCCGUAGAGGCGGGAUCAAGAUUCAAACUGCCACUCAAACUCAGGAGCCGCUACCAAUCACAUUUAAAACAUCUCCCUGCCAAUCAUUCUGUUAUGUUUGUGGACUUUGUUGCGUUAAAAUAGGGAUUCUUUCAAUUCAAAGGAGAUGUUAAUUGAACAAAUAUAAUCUGUGUCUACCACAGGAGGUUGGUGGCACCUUAAUUGGGGAGGACAGGCUUACGGUAAUGGCUGGAGUGGCAUGGUAUCAAAUACAUCAAUCACGUGGUUUCCAUGUGUUUGAUGCCAUUCCAUUCACUCCGUUCCAGAUGUUAUUGUGAACAGUCCUCCCCUCAGCAGCCUCCACUGGUGUCUACAAUGUGUGUUUGUGUAAAGUGAGUGGUUGUGUACUGGGAGAAACUGUUGUUUUGUCCCUGGUGAAGUUUUGUGUAGCUCAGUACUACCGUCCAUGUACUGCACAGGAAGUGGACAUAAUGUAGAGUAGCUGUAAACUCAAAGUACAGAAUGCUCUACGGUAUACUACUGUAUGUGACUCAAACCAGUGUCAUGCAAGGCUUUACAGAGAUUGUCUUUUUUUUACCAAACCUUUUGUCUUUUUUAAUGGUGCUAUUUUGAUUGUGUGUUUAUGGUUUAGUACUAUGGUGGAAUGUUCUGUGUGUGGUGUUCUAUAUUAGCCCAGGCAUCCAAGGAAAGAGUUGAAGAUCUCUGCUGGUUCGGUCUAUUUUAAAAGAGAUGAAAAAAGGCUAAUGUUGCCUAUAUGCUUUCUGCAUUGCCUUUAAGACUCACAAUAAAGGAUAUAAAUGAA